AUGCAAAUAAUACAUAUCCUCGUUUUGGUAAUUGUAUACUUCUCAAUAUUUUCCAUAUCAUCAUCUACAUUUGCUGCGUCAACUGAUGGAAUUUGCAGGAGUGCAACAUGGAAUCGUAAUGGUAUUACUGUUGCUGGUGGAAAGGGACAAGGAUCUGCAUUGAAUCAACUUGCGUAUCCUGAAGGAGUAUUUGUUGAUGAUGAUGGUGCUAUCUUCAUUGCAGAUAGAGAUAAUCAUCGUGUCAUCAAAUAUAUGCCCGGAGCUUCAAAUGGUGAAUUAGUUGCCGGUGGUAACAAACCCGGUAAUAAUAGUAAUCAACUCUACACACCGUCAAAGGUUGUUGUUGAUAAACAUGGAACUAUGUUCAUUUGUGAUCGUAUUAACAAUCGUGUACAGCGUUGGUCUAAGAAUGCUAACCAAGGAGAAACAAUAAUGAAGAAUAUAACUUGUUGGGGAUUAGCUUUGGAUAUGGAAGGAUCUUUGUAUGUAUCCGAUAUGGAAGGACACCAAGUUAUUCAAUGGCCUCAAAAUCGAAUUGUUGCAGGUGGCAAUGGAAAAGGCAAUAAUCGUAUUGUCAAAUGGGCAGUAGGUGCAAAUCAAGGAACUGUUAUUGCUGGUUUCAAUGGUUAUGGUAACGGUGUUGAUCAAUUGUAUAGACCCUAUGCUGUUGUUGUCGAUCAAAUGAAUACGGCUUAUGUUCUUGAAUACAUCAAUUUACGAGUAACACGUUGGUUUGAAGGUGAAAAAUCGAGCAGUAUCAUUAUUGGUGGAGAUGGUUAUGGUCUUGGAGCAGAUAAAUUAAAUUUUCCACGUGAUAUAGCGUUUGAUCGACAAGGAAACUUAUAUAUAAAAGUUCUUGUUAUUAAUCGAUCUAAAGUUAUGGACAAUUGUUUCAAAAUGGAAGCCAAUCAUCAUUUGCAGGAACCAUUUUUAUUAUUUAUUUUAAAAAAAUAA